GUUGACGUCGUCGAAGGUCGUCGUGACGGCUCGGCUUCGAAGGGCUUUUUUUCGCAGUGCAAAUUUAAGUAAUAUGGCCUCCGUGGUGCGGGAAAAUUCGCGAAAAUCGAAGUAAUCGCUGGAAUUUGCUGGAGUGUUUGGGUUGUUGUGGUGGAAGUGGGAGAGACGUCAAAAAGUAGAAAAGAAUAAAAACAAAAUUUUGCAAGUGUGAAAAAAUCCAGAACCAGGAAGUGUUACCAAAUGUUUAGUGACAAACAGUGAAAAUUUAAAGUUCAAGUGCAACGAGCUCGUAAAUAUUCACGUAAAAGAGAGAAGAACCUACCGCAGCCAUGGACCCGGUCGUGGGAGAGGAUACCGCCACCGGUAACACUCUGAGCGCAGACGAGCUCGAGAGUUGGACCCUGCUAGACAGUUCGCCCCGGCGAUCGCCCAAUCCGGUCCAGACUAUGGACUCCAAGCGGAAGGAUCACCCUAGUCAGGUGGAGGACGAGGAAGAAGAAGAGGACGUUUCUGAGGCGGAAAGUGCAUCCGAAGAAGAAGAAGAAGCAAACGAAGCAGACCAGGAACAAGAGGAAAAAGUAGAAGAGGUAGUUAGUGUCAAGGAGAAGACCAGCCGCGUUGAAGUGGUCCAGGAGAAGGGGCCUGCUGCACGUGACACCCGGCAGGAUGAUGCCGUCCAGAAGAAGAAGAAGAAGCAUCGGAAGAAGCGCACCGACAGUGAACCAAGCGUCGAAUCCCAGGACGACGACGGAUGCUCCUCGGACGGCAUCAGCGUGAUAAGCGAAAGCGAUGGGUCCGAGACCCGGGUCGCCCGAGCACGUGAUCAACGGAAGGUGCACCUCGCCAAGGGCAUCCGGUUGGAACCGGUGGUGACGCCGCUUGACUUGAAGGAGCAGCAGCAGCUGAGUCGAGACGACGCGAGCAAGCAGUUGGUUCGGGAAGACGCGAUCGUUCCCUGGGGAGGCGUUAACAGGACGUCGGUGGUCGUGCUGGGGAUGGUUGUAACGGCGAUCGUCGCCGUUUUGGUGGGGAAUUCCCGGCUGCACACGAAUCGAGUUGAUGAGUUCAGCUUCCAGCACGAGCAGCGGAUAUCCGAGCUGGAGUUGGAGAAUAACAUCCUGAAGAACGAGAUGAACAAGCUGAAGCAUUUGUACACGCGAUCCGAGCUGGACGAGCAGGUUCAGCAAGCGGACACCGAGUGGGCUAAGGUGCUGGAUGAAAAGCUAGCUGAAGAGCAAGAACGAGUGCAACCCGAACCGGAACCGGAGCCUGAGCCGGAAUCGCCAGCGGAAGAACCGCUAAAGUUCCGCAAGGUUCCACCCCAGGACGAGGACGUCAAGCACAAGGUCGUUUGGUCCGGUGACGAUGGCCAACCGAUGCUGAUCGCGGACAAGGACUACGUGCUGCCCGAUUUCUGCUUCAACAAGGACGCCGUCCAGGACGAUCUGUUUUCCGAGUAUUCCGGCAAAUAUUGCGACAUCAAGAAGCGCAAGAUCGAAGCCAAGCAGCGCAAGGCGGAGUUUGCCCGGAAGAACCACAAACGAUACCGCGACGAGCCGAAGGACUACUCCAAGUACAUCAUCCCAACCAAGGAGGAGAUCGAAGAGUACCAACGACAAGCAACAGCCACCCCUCCAAAACCCCCGUCCCUCUCGCCCUUCGAUUUUGACUACCAGAAGGCGUUCGAAACCAUCAAGGAGGAAGGUGCCGUCAUCGUCGACAGUCUCGUGGCCAUCCUAGACCUGGACCCCGAACCGGAAUACCUCCCAACCCCAUCCCCAUCCGCCUCCUCCCUCGAAUCAGCGUCCUACCAAGCGGACGACGAGGCCAGCCCCAGCCCAACGCCCAGCACGGACAGUGUUCCGUCCGGAAUCCGCUGGGAAUCGUACCCGCCCUGGGUGAGGGAAAAGUACGAAAGCCAGCCGGAAAUGCACGCCAAGCUGCGCCACAAGGAGUCGCUGCUGUGGGACUGGGAGCGCAAGAAGAACGAGUUUUUGCACCAGGUUGGGCUGGAAACGCUCGAGGAGGUGGGCCGGAAGUCGGAGGAUGAGCUGCGGCAGCGCAGGGAUGAGUACAAGAGUAAGGGAAGGCAGCAGGGCCAGUCGGGAGAGUGGCGAAAGGAGGAGCAUCCGUACAAGGAGAGGAAGCAUGACGGACGGAAGGAGGAGUUCCGUGGGAAGAAGUACGACGAGCGGAAGGGAGGAAAGGAGCGGUACGAGGAGAGGAAGGAGUGGAACGAUCGGUCGAGGGGAAGUGGUGAAAACAGAUCUCGUGACUACAAAGAGCAGCACCACGACAAAGAUCAUCAGCAGCAACCACGGAAGAACGACGGCGACAAGCACCAGAGGAAACCCGAGCACCAUGGCGAAUCCUCAAAGGAGUGGAAAAACAACGAAUACCGCAAUGAUCGCUCUCGAGAAGCAUCCGGCGCGGGCAAACCUUACAACAACAACAAGAAGGAAGAACGGAAGGACCCUUCCCGAGAAGACAAGAAGUUCUCGGAAGAGCGUGACCACAAGAAGGACUGGAAGGAGUCGGGUUCUGGAGAGCAGCGGAAGAAUCAUUCAGGUGAACGUCGUGACGGCAAGCCACAGAACUACAAGAAGGACUGGAAGGAUGGUUCCGGUGAGCGCGACGGCAAGCCGCAGCACAAGAAGCAGUGGAAGGAAGCGUCCGGGGAGCAUUCCGGCGAGCACGGAAAGCGGAAGAACGAUCACGGGGACGACAUGCGGAGUGGAGCCAAACGGAACGGGGAUCAGUGGAACUGGAGCAAAGAUCACGGCGGUGAGGAUCAUUCCGGCGAGGGAUCCUAUCUGAGUCAGUAUCGCGGGGAGGAUCAUCACAAGAAGAAGGAGCAGGAAGGGUGGAAGCAUGAGGGGAAGCGGAACUACCGCGAUGACGAUGACGACGAUGAUGAUGAUGACGAUCAUCACAAGAAGCAUCACGGCGGCAAGGAAGAUUAUCAGCGUAAGCAUCACCACAAGGAUGACGAUCAUUGGAAGAGGAAGAAGCAUCACGACGGCGACCGGAAGUGGCAGGAACACUCCCAGGAAAGGCGGCGAUAAGUUGGCGUGUGAUUUGUGCGGGAUAUCGGAAGAAUGUGUGAAUGAGAUUUGAAGAUUUUUAAAAUUUACGAUUGGAGAAUGUGCAAAAACUUUGGAUAGGAAGGAGGCGAGCUUAACCAAAAAUAACCGGAACCGAAGAGAUUCCGGAAAAUAUAUAUUUUUUCUACCCAUUGA